GUUUGGCCAGGACACAAACGAGUUAGGCGAGUUACAGUCCAACAUGAGUGGGUUACAUACACCGUAGCUACGGGCUGGGCUCUAACCAGGUGACACAGCCAUCGGUUCUCAUGGGAGAAAACAAGAUCACAUAGAAAGGAAAGACAAGCUCUCCCUUGAGUCGCAACGAGACAGAAACAGAUAAGCCUGCCUCUUUCUUUGGUCUCUCCCUGCUGUCUGCGUACAGGAGUCCAUUUGCAAGCCAACGGUUGAUCAUCCAACCAGGAGACCAAAGGAAGAAUCCUUAGGAAAGAGAGAGAGAGAAAGAGAAGCAAGCGCGAACUGCGGGGAGACAGAGGGAAGAGAGACUCUCAAACGGACUCCGUCUCCAGUCUUGGGCGUAGAGCCCAACAGGGGCCUCAGUCCCACGACCCUGAGAUCGUUGACCUGAGCCAAAACCAGGAGUGGGUGGCUUAAUGGGUGGAGCUGCCCAGGACCCCACUGAGAGUGCAAAAGCUACACUACUCCUGCAAAAUUGAAAAUGCCUGUAAUGUCUGAGCAAUUUUGAAAGGAUUGAUUUAAGUGGACAGGAUGACUGUCUGGCUGGUCUCUCUGAUGAGUAUGGAAAUACUACUUCUGGCAGUGCCUUCCUGGAGUUUCCGCAUUGAACCUGAAGAAGGUAGUCUUGCAGGGGGAACGUGGAUCACAGUCAUUUUUGAUGGUGGGUUUGGCUCUUAUCAAAAGCAAGUUACUUACUUUGGUUUGGAGUCGGAGUUCCUUUAUCCUGCCAAUGGCGCUCAGCUGGAGAUACACCUGGUGAAUGUGGCUGAGCCCGCCCUGCCCAGCAUCCCUUGUGAUGUUUCUCCCGUCUUCUUGGAUUUGCCGGUGGUCAUGUGCAGGACCAGAUCUCUGUUCUCUGAUGCACACGAGGGUCUCUACUACCUGGAGGUGUAUUCUGGGGGACAGGUGGUGGGCAGCCCCAGUCCAGGACCACGAGACAACUGUACGUUCAAGUUUUCCAGGGCACAGACACCCAUUAUUUACCAAGUGACACCACCAAGUGGAGCUCCAGGAAAACUAAUACAUGUGUAUGGAUGGAUUAUCACUGGAAGAUCAGAAACCUUUGAUUUUGAAGCUGAGUACAUUGAGAGCCCAUUGAUCUUGGAAGCUCAAGGAGACAAAUGGGCCACAGCCUGCUCUCUUGUAAACAGGCAGACAGGAAGCCGCUAUCCUCUUCAGGAAGACCAUGGUCUUGGGACUCUGCAGUGCCGUGUAGAAGGCAACUACAUCGGCUCCCAGAAUGUUAGUUUCUCAGUAUUUAACAAAGGAAAGUCCAUAGUACAUAAGAAUGCAUGGAUGAUCAGUGCUAAACUGGAACUUUUCCUGUACCAGACACACUCAGAAAUACUAUCGGUGUUUCCAGACACUGGGAGCCUUGGGGGAAGAACAGACAUCACAAUUACAGGAGACUUCUUCGACAAUCCUGUCCAGGUUACUAUAGCAGGUAUUCCAUGUGAUAUUAGAGACGUGUCUCCCAGGAAGAUUGAGUGCACCACCAGGGCUCCAGGAAAAGGUGCAAGGCUCACUGCCCCUCAGGCAGGGAACCGAGGGCUUCUGUUUGAAGUUGGAGAAGCUGUCGAGGGCUUGGAUCUCACCUCAGGCAUGCCGGGGUACCAGUGGCAGAUUGUCCCGAAUGCCAGUUCACCAUCUGGAUUUUGGUCAAAAGAAGGGCUGCCCUUCAGAGCACGGCUCAGUGGAUUCUUUGUGGCUCCUGAGACAAAUAAUUACACUUUCUGGAUCCAGGCUGACAACCAAGCUUCCCUGUACUUCAGUCAUUCAGAGGACCCAAAGACCAAGGUGAAAGUGGCCUCCAUCAAGGUGGGCAUUGCUGACUGGUUUGACGCUUGGGAGCAGAAUGGGCAUGAGGGAACUUGGCAACGGAAGACCCCCAAGUUGGAGCUGGUUGGUGGCACCAGCUACUACCUGGAAGCAGAGAAUUGUGGGAGAGCCCCCAGCAGGGGAAUGAGAAUUGGCGUCCAGAUCCACAAUACCUGGCUGAAUCCUGAUGUGGUCAGCACUUACCUCCGAGAAAAGCAGCAAAUCCGAAUCCACGCCCAGAGACUUCCGGAAAUCCAGAUGCUGACCGUGUCUGGCAGAGGGAGCUUCGUCCUUACUUGGGACAAUGUCACCAGUCAGCCAAUCCCUGGAAAUGUCACAGCCCAUCAGAUUCAAAGAGUCAUUGAGGAGUUACUUGCCGUCAAAUGCAAAUUGGAACCCCUUUCGGCCAGCAGCCUACUCUGGCUUGGGUUUGAACAAGGUCCAGAAGGUUCCAGCUUUGAGGGGGACCUCACCAGUGGGACAGAGCCCUUCUGCGGGAGGUUCAGCCUCCACCAGCCUCAACACCUUGUCCUAACACCCCCGGCUUCCCAGGAGGGCUACCAGCUAGAUCAGUACACGCACUUGUGCCUCGCCUACAAAGGCCACAAGAAUAACAUCCUGAAGAUGACCAUAUUUUUCACAACUGACUCUCAAAACUUCAUUAAGAAGAACAUCACCUGUGACUGGAGUCUUGUGGGGACCAGUCCCAACAGCUGGCGGUUCACUUGCAUGGACCUCUGGGAGACCUGUGUGCGUGGCUCUGUGGAUCUCGAGCCAGCUCUAGCAAACUCCUCUGUGCUGGUUCACCAGAUCGACCUCUUCCCUCUGUGUCAGGAGACCCGUGGGUUCUAUGUGGAUGAGAUUAUUAUUGCGGACACAAACAUAACAGUUUCUCAAGCAGAUUCCGGAACAGCUCGCCCCGGGGGCAACCUGGUGGAGUCGCUCAGCGUGGUGGGAUCCCCUCCAGUCUACAACGUCAGCUUCUGGUUGGUGGGGUGCGGCCGGGAGCUCCCACUCAUCACCGCAAGCUCUGUGCCCACUGAAGGAGGACAAGAAGGAUCUGGGGUGGUUCAGGUGACAACACAGAGGAUACAGAAGACAAGCCCACCUUUAGGAGGAUACUUCCGCAUCCAACUUCCUACCACAGAGAUUCCUGAUAUCCCCGUGCAUGUAUCAGCUAGUGACCUUCGCAAGCUCUUACGAAACAAUGCUGAUAACUUCACAUCUAGGUACCUCAACGUCAACGACUUCGCUGUGACAGAGGAUCUAAAGUCUUGCUACGAACAUGUGUGGACCCUCUCCUGGUCUACCCAAGUUGGAGAUUUGCCCAAUUUUAUUAGGGUCUCUGAUGCAAACCUGACUGGAGUGGACCCUGCUGCAGCCAUGCGUGUGGUGUAUGAUGGUGGAGUUUUUCUUGGACCCAUAUUUGGAGACAUGUUGGUUACAGCCAACCAACACACUCAGGUGGUUGUGCGUGUGAAUGACAUACCUGCCCAUUGCUCAGGUUCCUGUUCUUUCCAGUACCUCGAAGAGUCAACUCCCCAGGUCCACUCGGUGUGGUAUUCCCUGGAUGGUGACAUCCACCUGCUGGUUUAUAUUUUUGGAACUAGUUUCUCUGGAGACCCCCAGGCUGUGGAGGUUACGGUGAACAAAACGAUCUGCAGAGUUCUCUUCUCGAACGAAACGAACGUGGUCUGUCAGACAGACCUGCUGCCGGUCGGAAUGCAUCGGCUCUCUGUGGUGGUGAGGCCUUCUGGUCGUGCCAUCAACGUCAGUGGAGAAGCCCUCUUCCUAAACGUGGAGCCCAGACUGGUUGCUGUGGAACCUUCCAGAGCUGCAGAGAUUGGAGGUCUCUGGGCCACUGUCCAAGGCUCUGGUUUGGAAGAUGUGAGCCUGGUGUUAUUUGGAUCUCGGUCUUGUGCCAUCGAUAUCACCAGAAGCAAUUCACAAAGAAUUCAAUGCAAAGUUCCACCCAGAGGGAAAGAUGGACCCACUGUGAAUUUGACUGUGAUUACAGGGGACCAUUCUGCAGUUCUUCCCAUGGCAUUCACAUACGAUUCCUCUUUAAAUCCAGUGAUCAUUUCUCUGAGCAGAAACAGGAGCAACAUAGCAGGAGGUGAGACCCUUUCCAUCAGAAUGGCACUUCUGGGGAACUACUCUGAUUUGGAUGUGGAAGUUCAUGUUCAGGACACUCUGGCUCUGGCUCAUGUGCAGGUGCCCCACAGCCUGGAGGUGGUGCUGCCACCGCUGCCCCCUGGCCUCCACAGAAUCUCUGUCUCCAUCAAUGGGGUCAGCAUUCGCUCACGACGGGUUGAUCUUCAUAUCCAGUAUGUCACAGAUGUUUUCAGCAUUGAGCCUUGCUGCGGGUCCCUUCUGGGUGGAACCAUCCUCACCGUCUCAGGAGUAGGGUUCAGCAGGGACCCCGAUCUGGUGUGGGUGCUUGUGGGUAAUCGGACCUGUGACAUCGUGAACUCAACAGACACUGUCAUCUGGUGUGAGACCCCACCUUCAGCUCUGCUGCCCAAAGCAGAUGUUCCCACUGUCCCAGCCCCCGUGGAGGUCUGGGCUGGCAAUGCAUCCUUUGUCCGAGGACCCUUACCCAGCCUGGUGGGGAAGGGCUUUACUUUCAUGUAUGAAGUAGCAAGGACACCAGUGGUCACUGCCGUGCAAGGAGAAAUGACCAAUAACAGCCUGAGGCUCUCCGUGGAAGGAAAUAACCUCCCCAACUCAGUGAUCCUUCUGGGGUUCUUAAACUGUGAUCUGGAGAUGCAGUCUUUAUGGAGCAACAUGAGCCUGUCUGGGUGCUCCUUUCCUCUUCACAGUUUGGAGGCGGGCACCUAUCCUCUCCAAGUACGUCAAAAGCAGAUGGGGUUUGCUAACAUGUCUGCUGUGCCCCAACAAUUUGUGAUGACACCUCGGAUAAUGGCCAUCUUGCCGACACGUGGGUCUGCUUGUGGUGGGACCAUACUCACAGUGAGAGGGCUGGCUCUCAACUCUAGGAAGAGGUCAGUUCAAGUGCACCUUUCGGGUCCAUUUUCUUGUGUGAUUUUGAGCUUGGGGGACCAGACAGUCCUCUGCCAGAUUAGCCAAGUGGAUGCCCCCUUGCCUAAUGCUUCCUUCACCCUGAACAUCACAGUCUUGGUGAAUGGGCUACCCAGUGAGUGUCAGGGCCUUUGCACUCUUUCCUUGCAGGAAGAAACAACUCCCAUCGUGGACUCCUUGACCACUAACAUCAGUGGGUCUCUGACCAUGGUGCUGAUUAGGGGUCAGAAAUUAGACAUCACAACAGAUGAGCCAAUGGUGUUUGUGGACAAUCACCUUCCCUGUGUUGUAACUUUCUUUAAUGCAAGCCAUGUGGCAUGCCGGAUAAGUGACUUGACCCCAGGACUCCACUACGUAUCCAUUUUUCAUACAAGAAUUGGAUAUGCUUAUUUUGGUAAUGUUUCCAGGCACUUCCACAUUUUGCCUGAAGUGUCUCAUUAUUUCCCCAAGAAUUUCAGCAUCCAUGGUGGAAGCCUCUUGUCCAUGGAGGGCACAGCUCUGUGUGGAGAGAACAGCACGCUAGUCUUCAUUGGACAGCAGGCCUGCCUGACAGUGAGCAUCAGCUCCAAGUUCAUCCAGUGCAUUGUUCCUGCAGGAAAUGGCUCUGGGGGCCUGGUCAUCGAGGUAGAUGGACUUUCAUACCGAAUGGGAGUCAUUGGGUACAGCAAUGCCUUCACCCCACAGUUACUCUCUAUUUCUCAGACUGAUGAAAUCUUAACUAUGGUGGUGGCCCAGGUCUCAGGAGCUAAAAAUGUUGACAUUUUUAUUGGGAUGUCACCCUGUGCGGGUGUCUCUGGCAACUACACAGUCCUCCAGUGUGUGGUCCCACCCCUUCCUGCUGGGGAGUACCCAGUAAGAGGGUACGACCGCAUGAGGGGGUGGGCCUCAUCUGACCUGGUCUUCACAUCCACAGCCACUAUUUCGGCAGUGACUGAGAACUUUGGCUGCCUGGGUGGAAGCCUUGUGCAUGUGUUCGGAGGAGGAUUUUCUCCAGGGAACAUCUCAGCUGCUGUGUGUGGCGCUCCCUGCCAGGUCUUGGCUAAUGCUACAGUGUCAGCCUUCAGCUGCUUGGUCCCGCCCCUGGAUGUGUCCUUGGCUUUCCUGUGUGGCCUGAAGCAUGCGGAGGAGAGCUGCGAAGCCUCCAGCAGCACCUAUGUGCAGUGUGAUUUGACAGUCGCUGUGGGGACAGAGACACUGCCCCAGUCAUGGCCCUACCUCUACAUUUGUGAAGAAAGUCCCCAGUGCCUCUUUGCACCAGAUCAUUGGACAGAGUCAGCCUUCCCAUGGUUCUCAGGCCUCUUCCUCAGCCCUAAAGUGGAAAGAGAUGAAGUUCUCAUCUAUAAUAGCUCCUGUAACAUUGCCAUGGAAACUGAGGCAAAGAUGGAGUGUGAGACGCCUAAUCAGCCAAUUACCGCCAAGAUUACUGAGAUACGGAAGAGCCGGGGCCAGAACACUCAGGGCAGCUUUUCCUUUCAUUUCUGCUGGAGGUGGUCGAGAGCUCACAGCUGGUUUCCUGAAAGAGUGCCACAAGAUGGCGACAACGUCACGGUGGAGAACGGCCAUUCCCUGCUGCUUGAUACCAACACAAGCAUCCUCAGCUUCCUGCACGUUAAAGGAGGCAAGCUGAUUUUCAUGGAUCCAGGACCCAUUGAGCUUAGGGCACACUCCAUCCUCAUUUCCGAUGGUGGACAGCUCUGGAUUGGAUCGGAGGAUAAGCCCUUCCAAGGCAAAGCUGAGAUCAAACUCUAUGGGAGUUCCCACUCUACUCCCUUCUUUCCAUAUGGUGUCAAGUUCCUGGCGGUGAGGAAUGGAACUCUUUCCCUGCAUGGUUUGCUUCCAGAAGUAACUAUCACCCAUCUUCGAGCAGCUGCCUCUGCCCGGGACACAGUGUUGGCUCUGGAGGAUGCCGUGGACUGGUGCCCUGGAGAUGAAGCUGUCAUCAUUGGUGGAAUAGGUUUCGAAGGUGCCAAACCCACAGAAGAGAUUGUCAUUGUGGAAGCAGUGCACAAAACAGACCUCCACCUGAGGUCACCCUUGAGAUAUUCUCACAACUUCACAGAGAAUUGGGUGGCUGGAGAACGUCAUAUCUUAAAGGUCACGGUCAUGCUGCUCAGUAGGAGGGUCACCAUACAAGGGAAUCUCACUGCUGAGAGGAUGAAGCACCUCGCUUCAUGCCAGGAGGCCAGUGCUUCAGAAGGGAAUCUGCAGGACUGUUUCUAUUCCAAGAGUGAGAAGAUCUUGGGAUCCAGGGAUCUCGGGGCCAGAGUCAUUGUUCAGUCUUUCGCAGAGGAACCCAGCCGGGUCCAGUUGAAGGGAGUGCAGUUUCGGGCAUUGGGGCAAGCCUUCCGUAAGCAUCUGAGCUCACUGACUCUGGUAGGAGCUAUGAGAGAUUCCUAUGUACAGGGUUGCACAGUGUGGAGCUCCUUCAGUAGAGGCCUUAGCAUGUCAAGGACCUUGGGCCUGAAGGUGGACAGUAAUGUAUUCUACAAUAUUUUAGGACAUGCACUGCUGGUGGGUACAGACAUGGACAUAAAAUACAUGUCUUGGGAAGCGACUCCUGAAAAAACAAUUGACCGGUCAGAACAGGGAAAUAUCAUAAGAAACAAUGUGAUCAUCAGUGUUUCUGGCACCGAGGGACUGUCCAGUCCUGAAACGUUGACACCAUCUGGUAUCUAUAUCCGUAAUCCAACCAACGUUGUAGAGGGAAACAGGGUGUAUGUUGCUGGUUUGGGAUACUUUUUUCAUCUGGUGACCAGCCAAACAUCACAAGCUCCACUUCUCUCCUUUACCCAGAAUAUUGCACAUUCUUGUACAAGGUCUGGUCUCUUUAUUUACCCUCAGUUUCGGCCACUUUGGGAUAAUGGCAGGGGCCCCACCCUGUUCCAGAACUUCACAGUCUGGGGAAGUGCAGGUGGUGCCCAGAUUUUUAGAAGUAGUAAUCUUCACCUGAAAAACUUCCAAGUUUAUUCAUGCAGAGAUUUUGGAAUUGACAUCUUAGAAAGUGAUGCAAAUACUUCAAUUACUGACAGCUUAUUACUUGGCCAUUUUGCCCACAAGGGAAGCCUGUGUAUGUCAGCUGGGAUCAAAACUCCCAAAAGACGGGAACUGGUAAUAUCUAACACAACCUUUGUUAAUUUUGAGCUCACUGACUGCGUGGCCAUCAGGACCUGUGCGGGCUGUUCCCGGGGACAGGGUGGAUUUACUGUGAAGACCAACCAAUUGAAAUUUAUAAACUCUCCAAACUUAGUAGCAUUUCCAUUUCCUCAUGCAGCAAUUUUGGAAGACUUGGAUGGGUCUCUGUCUGGGAAAAACAGAAGUCAUAUUCUUGCUUGUAUGGAAGCCCUUCCAGCUUCUUGUUUAGCCAAUGAAAGCUUCAGUCAGAUUGUUCAUGGCAGCGUCUGUGGGGAAGAUGUUCUCUUUCAUCGAAUGUCUAUUGGUUUAGCUAAUGCUCCAGAUGUUUCUUAUGAUUUAACCAUGACUGACAGCAGAAAUAAGACAACCACUGUCAAUUAUGUACAUGACACACUGUCUAACCUUUAUGGCUGGAUGGCUCUGCUCUUGGAUCAAGAGACUUACUCACUGCAGUUUGACACCCCUUGGAUCAACAGCUCUCUUCAGUACUCAGCAACGUUUGGCAGCUUUAUUCCUGGGAACUACCUCCUGCUGGUGCACACGGUCCUGUGGCCUUACCCUGACAUCCUUAUAAGGUGUGGGAAUCAGGUGGGGCGGUCCCUUCCAUCUCUGCCGUUACCUGGUCGGGACCAAGGUUGUGACUGGUUCUUCAAUACCCAGUUGAGGCAACUCACCUAUCUGGUUUCAGGUGAAGGCCACAUUCAAGUGACUCUCCAGGUGAAGGAAGGUGUGCCUCCAACUAUUUCAGCUUCUACCUCUGCACCUGAGUCAGCUUUUAAAUGGUCCCUUCCUGAAGCAUGGACAGGGAUUGAAGAAGGUUGGGGAGGACACAACCAUACCAUUCCAGGUCCUGGAGAUGAUGUCCUGAUUUUACCCAACAGGACGGUCCUUGUGGAUACAAAUCUCCCAGUCCUCAGAGGCCUUUAUGUGAUGGGGACUUUAGAAUUCCCUGUGGACAGAAGCAAUGUUCUGAGUGUGGCGUGCAUGGUCAUUGCUGGCGGGGAGCUGAAAGUUGGUACUUUGGAAAAUCCCUUAGAAAAAGAACAAAAGCUUCUGAUUCUCCUUAGAGCAUCGGAGGGAGUUUCUUGUGACCGUUUCAAUGGAAUUCUUAUUGAUCCAGGAACAAUUGGAAUAUAUGGGAAAGUCCAGCUUCAUGGGGCUUGUCCUAAGAAAUCCUGGACCCGUCUGGCAGCUGAUAUUGCCUCAGGCAAUGAGAGAAUUAUAGUACAGGACACAGUGGAUUGGCGACCCCAUGACAAAAUCGUCCUUAGCUCCUCUUCUUAUGAACCUCAUGAAGCAGAGGUCCUCACUGUGAAAGAAGCUCAGGCUCACCAUGUUAAGAUCCAUGAACGGCUCAAACACCGGCAUGUUGGAAGCGUCCAUGUCAUGGAGGAUGGCCGAUCCAUUCGUUUGGCUGCAGAGGUUGGACUUUUGACCCGAAAUAUACAAAUACAGUCUGAUAUAUCAUGCAGGGUGAGACUACUUGUGGGGUCCUUCAGAAAGUCCAGCAGUGAGGAAUUUUCAGGUGUCCUUCAACUUUCAAAUGUGGAAAUUCAGAACUUUGGGUCACCUUUGUACUCAGCUGUUGAACUCCUUAAUGCAUCGGCAGGAACCUGGAUAAUAUCAUCCACUCUGCACCAGAGCUGCGGUGGGGGCAUUCGUGUGGCUGCCAGUCAUGGGGUCAUUUUAAAGGACAAUCUGGUGUUUGGUGCAGUUGGCCAUGGCAUUGAUUUGCAGGGUCAGAACUUUACCCUCUCUAAUAAUCUUGUGGUUCUGAUCACACAGUCAGCAUGGUCUACCAUGUGGGUGGCAGGAAUCAAAGUGAACCAGGCAAAGGACAUCAGCCUUGACGGCAAUGUUGUGGCAGGAUCAGAGCGACUCGGCUUUCACAUCCGAGGCCACAGGUGUUCCUCUCCUGAAGCUCGCUGGUCUGACAAUGUGGCCCACUCAAGCCUUCAUGGCCUUCAUCUUUAUAAGGAAAAUGUGUUUGACCACUGUACUGGUAUCUCUGGCUUCCUGGCUUUCAAGAACUUUGACUAUGGUGCUAUGCUCCAUGUGGAGAACAGUGUGGAGAUGGAGAACAUCACUCUGGUGGAUAAUACUAUUGGUCUCUUGGCAGUGGUGUAUGUGUCUUCUGCUCCACAGGGUCACACUGAAAAUGUACAGGUUACACUCAGGAAUUCAGUCAUUGUGGCCACUAGCUCUUCUUUUGACUGUAUUCAGGACAGAGUUAAGCCUCGCUCUGCCAACUUGACAUCAACAGAUCGAGCUCCUUCCAAUCCAAGAGGGGGUCGAGUUGGUAUUUUGUGGCCUGUAUUCACCUCAAAACCAAAUCGCUGGCCUCAGGAACCAUGGCACAGAGUGAGGAAUGGCCAUUCAAUUUCAGGAAUGAUGAAACUUCAAGAUGUCACCUUUUCUAGUUUUGUGAAGAGUUGCUAUAGUGAUGACCUAGAUGUCUGCAUCCUGCCCAGUGUGGAGAACACUGGAAUCAUGCACCCAAUAAUAGCAGAGAGGACCAAGAUGCUAAAGAUCAAAGACAAAAAUAAGUUCUACUUUCCUCCUUUACAAGCUAGGAAAGGUUUAGGAAUGCUGGUCUGCCCUGAAUCAGAUUGUGAUAAUCCAAGAAAAUAUCUCUUUAAGGAUCUGGAUGGGAGAGCCCUGGGUCUGCCACCACCAGUGUCUGUAUUUCCUAAAAUGGAGGCAGAAUGGACUGGAUCCUUCUUCAACACAGGUACAUUUAGAGAAGAACAGAAGUGCACAUACAGAGCCCUGAUACAAGGCUACAUUUGCAAACAGACUGACCAAGUGAUCUUAAUUCUUGACAAUGUUGAUGCCACCUGGGCCAUGAGGAAGUUAUAUCCAGUUGUAUCCAUUACUCGUGAUUUUGUUGACACAUUUAGUGGUGUAAAUUUCAAUACUCCAUGUUCUGCUUCAGGAUCUGUAUCUACUUUCUAUUCCAUUUUACCCACCAGAGAAAUCACCAAGGUUUGCUUUGUGGAACAGCCUCCCCAAGUGUUGCGUUUUUUUCUAUUGGGAAACAAAAGUGCCUCUAAGCUUCUCUUGGCUAUAUUCUACCAUGAAUUCCAGAGCCCCCGUGUUUUCAUAGGGGAAAGUUUCAUUCCACCCAUUCUGGUUCAAUCGACUUCCUCAUUGCUGGAUGAGUCUCUUGGUUCUAACUACUUCAGCAUCUUGGAUAACCUCUUGUAUGUUGUCCUACAAGGACCAGAGCCCAUUGAAAUACGCUCAGGAGUCUCCAUUCAUUUGGCCCUCACUGUGACAUUUUCAGUACUAGAAAAGGGCUGGGAAAUCAUUAUCCUUGAAAGACUAACGGACUUCUUGCAAGUUCGCCAAGACCAGAUCAGAUUUAUUUAUGAGAUGUCUGGCAAUGAAGCAACCUUAAAGGCCAUUGCUGACAAUAAAGCAAAGAGAAAGCGCAAUUGCCCAAUUGUGAGUUGUGCCAGUCAUUACAGAGUUGGUCAACGUAAACCUCUCAUGAUGGAAAUGAGUUCAUACAGUGUCCCACCAACUACUGUGGAAACUGUCUCAAAAGUGAUAGUCAUUGAAAUUGGUGAUCUGCCAACAAUAAAGAGCGCUGGACUGAUUUCAUAUUUAUCAAGUAACAAAUUACAAAAUUUGGCUCACCAGAUUAUCACUGCUCAGCAGACUGGAGUACUAGAGAAUGUUCUGAAUAUGACUGUUGGGGCCUUACUGGUAACUCAGUCAAAGGGAGUCACUGGCUAUGGAAAUACAAGCAGUUCUAAAACUGAGAACUUGAUAUAUAUUCGGCCGUAUGCUCUCUCGGUCCUGGUCCAGCCUUCAGAUGGAGAAGUGGGAAAAGAGCUUCCAGUCCAACCACGGCUCGUUUUUCUGGAUAAGCAGAAUCGGAGAAUAAAGUCCUUGGGCGCCCCCUCAGAGCCUUGGGCCAUUUCUGUUUCCCUGGAAGGGACAUCAGAUUCAGUGUUGAAAGGGUGUACUCAGGCAGAAAGUCAAGAUGGUUAUGUGAGCUUCUCCAACUUGGCGGUUUUGAUCUCUGGGUCAAAUUGGCACUUUCUUUUUACUGUCACUUCCCCUCCAGGAGCCAAUUUUACAGCUCGAUCAAGGUCAUUCACUGUCUUACCUGUGCGUAGGUCAGAGAAGUCAACCAUCAUCUUGGCUGCUUCCCUGUGCUCAGUGGCCUCAUGGCUGGCUCUAUGCUGUCUGGUGUGCUGUUGGUUAAAGAAAAGCAAAAGCAGAAAAAUAAAAAGUGAAGAUAUUUCUGAAUUCCAGACGAACAGCCAGAAGAAUCAUAUCCACAUCUCAUCCAAACACCCAAGAUCACAAGAGACUAAAAAGGAAGACGCCAUGAGAGGAGAAGAUAUAAAGAUGAAGGUCAUUGUGGACAGGCUGAACCAGCUCCCCCACCAGUCCCUGAAUGGAGUGUCUCGAAGGAAGGUGGGCCGUCGAGCUGCCCAAGAGGAGGGUGGGCACCGAGAAGAGGUGGUUGCACCUGCUCCCAGUAUUACUGGCGUCACAUCCCAGGGUCACACCUGUGCUCCAGGUGCUCCUGCUCAGCAGGUGUACCUUCAAGAGACUGGGACCUGGAAGGAGGCCCAAGAGCAAUUGGUCAGAUACCAAAUGGCAGGUCAAGAUCAGAGAUUGCUGCUCUGCCCAGACCUCAGACAAGAAAGGGAGCAGAUGCAGGGGCAGACCCCACUGAGCCAGGAAAGAGGCCACUUGGGGCUUUCUCAAGAGAAGAAAGCCUUUUGUGGUGCUACCCAGGCAUUCUGUCCUCAUUCUGUACACCUGGAAACUAUUCAGAAACAGCUGUGAUGGACACAUGAAAAUUGAUGUGCUCAUGGGCUUUGCUGAGACGUGCAUUAAGGACAAAGAUAUAAAAACAGUUAAGUUUGGAGAAAGCAAUUGUCCAUGGACCAAAGUUACAUUUUUUUUUUUAAACAGUUCUUCCUGUUAGUAGCUGGGUUGAAUUUAAGACUAGAAGACAACUAUUUGGGGAAACUAGAGAUAACCAAGGGCCGAAGCAGAUUAUUAGUGAACUCAUUUUUCAGAGCACUGAUUUUUGGAGAAGAUAAUGUGUAUGCCUGCCUAGUGAAGGAGGGAAGAGAUUAUAUUGAAUGUAGCCCCUCCAGUCUGUGUGUGAGGGGUUCUAAUGAAGACCAGAGUAAAGGGUCAACUGGUAUCGAGUUGGGUAAGGAUGCUAAAGGCAGUUUCACUUAAUUCAAACAUCUGAAGAGUGCUCAUCAGUGUUCAAACUGGACACUUAAAGCAGCCUGAUUGUGUCCUUGGCUCUGAGUCCAAAAGGACUUACACUCCAAGGGAGUAAAACAAAGAUGGCAGAGGCGAGGAGAAUCUCCAGAAACAACUUGUUCUCAGUUUUCCCUAAAUAUAAAUUAGGACUUUCCAAUCUCUGAGAGAUUCAGAGGCUGUCCUAUUUUGAAUUAGAACAGAGAAAAGAAACAAAUGCUUCCUUUGCAGAAUUUUAAAUAAUGAUGCUCUGGAACUAGUCCCAUAUUAGGUUCAGGCAGGAAGUCAUCAUGGCUCAAGGCAUCAAUGGGAAAGUAUGUCUUGCUCUACCAAGAGUUUUUGGGAACAUUCUCAGUCUUUUGUCCACUCUUUAGAUGUAUUAUGGACAUCUCAAACCUUAAAGCCGCCUUGAAAGGAGGGAGGCAACUUUCUCUGUGACACAGUAUUGGAUUCUGAGGAAGAUAAUGAUUAAGUAUCAAAAUUAAUGUUCUCCAAGAAAUUUCAGUCCAGGCUAUCUGUGUUUAAGAAGGGCAUUGAUGAUGGAUGUGAGGGCGAUCUGGCUGCGACAUCUGUCACCCCAUUGAUCGCCAGAGUUGAUUCGGCUUAUCUGGCUGGCUAGGCGGGUGUCCCCUUCCUCCCUCACUGCUCCAUGUGCGUCCCUCCCAAAGCUGCGCGCUCGGUCGAAGAGGACGACCUUCCCGGAUAGAGGAGAGGACCAUUCUUCCGUCAAGGGUAUACGAGUAGCUGCGCUCCCCUGCUAGAACCUCCAAACAAGCUCUCAAGAAGGGCAU